CUAGGGAAAGAAAAAAAUUACAGUAAACAAAUACUAAUAAUUAAAAAUAAUUAUAUAAAAAAAAAAAAAAAACGUAAAGAACGUAAAGAACAUGAAGUAGUUGGUAGCGAAAUUGAACCCUCCAAAUUUUAUUCUUUUUCCUUUCCUGCAUUUUGAUUUCUUCGAUUAUUCCUCCAUACAAUAAAACAAAAGAAAAAAUAGAUCCUUCCGACAUAGUCUCCGGCAAUCACCAUAUCUUCCUAAUCACUUUCCAUUCAUACUUAGUCGACUUACUUCUAGGGUUUCAAUUAUUCAUUGAUGCUGAAACGUUUUUCCGAUGUCGAACAUCGGUGAAGAAGACAAUGACGCCGUAUUAAGCGACGUAGAGGCCGAUGAUCCGAUACCUAUUGAUAUAACAAAUGAAGAUGUUUCAAUUGACAAGUUCCGUGAAAUGCUGGUUGAGCUCGAUCGAGAACGCCAGGCUCGAUUAGCCGCCGAGGAUUCUAAAUCACAGCUACAAGUUUCCUUCAAUAGAUUGCGAGUACUCGCUCAUGACGCUAUCAAAAAGCGCGACGAGCAUUCGAGACAACGCGAUGAAGCUUUGCGGGAGAAAGAAGAAGUUUCAAUAACAGUUGGGAAGAUAAAGGAGGAACUGGAAGAAGAAAUUAAGCAGAAAGAUGAAUUGUCGAAGCAGUUGGAAGAAGUGAAGAAAGCGAAAGAUUCGAUGAGAAGUGAGAUGGAAACUGCUGGUUCAAUGUUAGUUAGUGGAAUUGAUAAGAUAUCUGGUAAAGUAAGUCAAUUUAAGAAUUUUGUAGCUGGUGGAUUACCGAGGUCACAGAAAUAUACAGGGUUUCCAGCAGUGGCGUAUGGCGUGAUUAAAAGGACGAAUGAUAUUGUAGAGGAAUUGUUGGGACAGAUUGAAUUGGCAGCAAAGUCGAGAAAUGAGGCGAGAGAACAAAUGGAUCAUAGGAAUUAUGAAAUUGCAAUUGAAGUUUCGCAGUUAGAGUCAACGAUUAGUGGUUUGAGAGAGGAGGUUGCGAAGAAGGAUAAUGUUGUUGAGAGUUUAGAGAAAGCUGUAGGUGAAAAAGAUGAGAAAUUGUUUGAAUUGGAACGAGAGGUGUGUGGGAAGCAAAAGGCUUUGGAGAGUGAAGUGGUUGAAUUGAGAGAUUUGGUGAAGGAAUAUGAAGGUAAGUCGAGCAGUUUAGAAUCAAGGAUGGAAAUGCAAAGAUCAUUACUUGCUGAGCAAUUGAAACAUGUUACGGAAAUACACAAACAGAUUCAUAGUGCUGUUAAGGUUGUUGAUGCGCGGAAGGCAUCUGAGUUGUCGGAAUCCUUGUUUCUUGCUCAAGAGAUGGAUAUGGACGAGAAUAUAAGGGCAGUUUUAGCGGGAUUGGAAUCUAUAUAUGAAAUGAGUGAAUUUGUUGUCCAGAAAACAAGGGAUUUGCUAGAAGAAAGAAGUCAUGAAGUGAAAAGCCUAAACGAGUCAGUUUCACAAUUAGUAAAAGAAAAAGAACAGAUUGGGUCUUUACUGAGAAGUGCUCUUUCAAAGAGAAUUUCAGUGGAUUUGUCAUCCAAAACAAAUGAAUUGUUUAAGAUAGCGGAAAAUGGAUUGAGAGAAGCUGGGAUAAAUUACAAGUUCAACAAUCACGUUGGUGAUGGUAAGAACCCUGCUUCUGAUAAUAAAAUGCAUGCCGAAGAUACAGAAGAGGAUGAAGUAUAUGCUUUGGCUGGUGCAUUAGAGAAUAUAAUUAAGCAGUCUCAGGUUGAGAUCAUUGACCUUAAACAUACUGUUGAAGAGCUAAGGGCAGAGUCAAGUUUACUGAAGGAACAUGUGGAAACUCAAGCAAAGGAACUCAGUCAAUGGAAGCAACGUGUGGAGGAACUUGAAGAAAAGGAGAGGGUGGCAAAUGAAAAUGUUGAAGGGCUUAUGCUGGAUAUCACUACUGCUGAAGAAGAAAUUACACGGUGGAAAGUGGCUGCACAGCAAGAAGCUGCUGCAGGCAAAGCUGUUGAGCGAGAAUGUGCAGCACAGUUAUCGGCUGUACGCCAGGAGCUUGAGGCAGCGAAGGAGGCUGUACUAGAGUCCGGGAAGAAGCUCAAAUUCAAAGAAGAAACAGCUGAUGCAGCCAUGGCUGCAAGGGAUGCAGCUGAGAAAUCAUUGAGACUAGCAGAUUUAAGAGCAUCAAGGCUGAGGGAUAAAUUGGAAGAGCUCACCCGUCAGCUUGAAGAGCUAGACGGCAGGGAAACAUCAACAACUGGUCUAAACAGGCCAAGAUACAUGUGCUGGCCAUGGCAAUGGCUUGGCUUAGAUUUCGCAGGUAUGAGACGUGUAGAGACACAACAAGAGGGUGCUAAUGAAAUGGAACUUUCCGAACCCCUUCUUUGACUCCCUCCUCGUCUCUUUCUUUUGGUAAUUGUAUUCUUCUCUGAACCCCCGGCAUUUUUUCUUCUCUUUCUUUUUGUAAUUCAUUUUUAUUAUUUCCUCUUUUUUCCAUCCGCUGUAUAUUUUCUGUGAUCUCUGUAAGAAACGUAAUUAGACAAAUGAUAGAAUAUUGAUUGUUCAAAGUUAAAUAAGCCUUUUGGCUUGUAUACAAGUAAAACUGGCUCUGUCGAGAGGAAGUCUUAACUCAGACGUGCCUUUUUCUAGUCAUGAACAUUGAGCGUUUGGUA